AUGGCCACCCAGUCGUGCUGGGAGAGGGAGCAGCAGCCACAGCAGGGUGAGGUGCCCCCAGAGCCCAAGAGCAAGGUAGCCCCUGCCCCUGGCCAAGCCCGCGGCACCGGCAAUCCCGGUGCUUCGGUUCCCGCAGCCUCCAGCGACCCGUGUCCGCCGGGUGGCGGCGCCCCGCGCGGUGGUGCAGCAGGUUCCUCCUCCUGUGCCACGGCCUCCGCCGGCGCCAUUUCCGUCACUGCUGAGGACCCGUGGCUGCCCUCCAUGGACUGUGUGCAGGAGAGGGGGCCCUCCGACCUCCAGGGCGGCCAGAGUCCCCAUGCAGGGCCGAGCUGUGUGGUGCCUGAGGCAGGCCAAGGUAUCCAGUCCGCGCACACGGGCAGCACGGCGGCCAUGGGGCAAGCCACGAGGGUCGCUGGCCGGGCCAGCCGGCCUCCGACCCACACCACGAGCCCAGGCGACGGCCGUGGGAGGAAGCAGCCCAGCCGCGAGGAGGCUGCCCAGGCUCAGAAGCCUCCAGAGCUCUGUCUGUUUCCUGGGGCUCCCGGGCCUCGGUGGUCUGAGCCUUUGCGGCAGUCUUCUCCAGAGUCUCAGCCCAGCAGCAGCGGCCGUUCUCGGGCUUCUCCGCGGAGUCACGCAUCCCCGCUGGGCCCUGCUCUCCGCAGCCGCACCACCGCGCCAGGCCCUGCUCUCCGCAGCCGCACCACCGCGCCAGGCCCUGCUCUCCGCAGCCGCACCAGCCCGCCAGGCCCUGCUCUCCGCAGCCGCACCAGCCCGCCAGGCCCUGCUCUCCGCAGCCGCACCAGCCCGCCAGGCCCUGCUCUCCGCAGCCGCACCACCGCGCCAGGCCCUGCUCUCCGCAGCCGCACCACCGCGCCAGGCCCUGCUCUCCGCAGCCGCACCACCGCGCCAGGCCCUGCUCUCCGCAGCCGUGCAUCUGAGCCACGUCCUGCUCUCCGCCGCUGUGCACCCGCGCCAGGCCCUGCUCUCCGCCGUCGCCGUGCAUCCCAGCCAGGCCCUGCCCUCAGCCGCCCUGCGUCCGCGCCUGGCCCCGCUGUCCGCCGCCCUGCGGCCGCGCCAGGCCCUGCUCUCCGCCGUUGCAGUGCUUCCACGCCAGGCCCUGCCGUCCGCCGCCCUGCUUCUGGGUCAGGCCCUGCCCUCCGCAGCCGCGCAUCCGGGCCAGGCCCUGCCCUCCAAAGCCGCGCAUCCGGACCAGGCCCUGCCCUCCAAAGCCGCACCAGCCCGCUAGGCCCUGCCCUCCGCAGCAGCAGCACGACUCCAGGCUUUGUCCCUCGGAGCCGCGCCCCGCAGAGAAGAUCAGCCCCUAGCAGCCGCCCCUCGCUGCCUGGGCCUGUUGGCCAGAGUCCUCCUUCUUCCCCUGGGUUUGCCUUUCGAAGGCUUGUCCACCGGAGCAGCUCAAGCUCUCCUGAUCCUGAGGUCCCAAGCCUUGCUGCCCAGCCCCGUUGGCGUGCAGUCCGAAUGCGCGCCUCCUCACCCUCACCUCCUGGAAUUAAUAUUUAUGAAUUACCCUUUAAGUGCUGCUUUAGCUGCACCUUAAGUUUUGGUGUUUUGAUUGCAUUCACCUUGAACAGUGGUGGUGGCACUCAUGACCUGAGGCUCCAGGUGCCACUGUGGCAUCCAAGACCAGAGGCUCCAAGAACCAUGAUGGUGUCCAUGACCCAGCCCCCUCCCCUCUCCCCUGGCAGUGGCGUGCCUGUCAUCAGACCUCCCAGCAGCAGGGGCUGCAUCCAAGACCCCAGUGCCCCCAACAGCAGCUGCAGUGCCUGA